CAGAGCCAUUUUUACUGUUGAGUAACUGCAUGCUGGUCUGGCUGUGCUAGGGAGGGCGAGAGAGUGAGCUAGAGGAAAGAAGUGCUCCUGAAUCUUAUCGGAGCCCUCUCUCCCCUCUCUCCCGUUCCCCUCCUUGCUUUACGCUUGUGUCCAUUUAAGUUGGGGAGGCCCUGGAGAGGACACACAAUGGAGCGAAGAGCCUGUGGCAACUGGGCCGUUGUACUGCUGAGAGGGGGAUGGGGUGGAGAGAGGACCGGUUCACACAGCUAACACAGCCUGCCGGCUGUAGGCUUCCACAGCCUUCCUCCCCGCCUGGACCCCUGUUUUCAGGCUGGGGCCUUUAUUGUGGAACGGCCACCCUCAAACUCCGCUUGGACUAUACUAAGGAUUAUUCAUCGUCUUCUGUCGGAUUUUAGGAUUCAUACUGGAGCCUGAAGAAUAAAUCCCUCCUGUGUUUUGGCUUCUGAGAAAAGAGAAACAAACUUCUAUGUAAUUCUUCUUGCCCUUUCUCGGUUUUUGGUUUCUGUUUCUUUUUAGUGGACUUCAUAAAUGGAUUACAAGAUGCAUGCCAAGUCAAAUGAUUUGCUGGAUUUUCAAAAACUGGACGCCCUUCUGGAAAAAAUUGCACAUUCAGUCUCUGUGAAAAGAGAGUCCAGUGAGGAGUGCAAUGGGAUCAGCGGUGCUCUGUCAGUGGAGUCUGUGCCGGGGCCAAGACUGAGCUGGUGUCCUGCCAACACCACUACCCCUGCCCCUGCAGCUCCAGCUCCUGCUUGGGGGACUGAGCCCGCGCCCCACCCUGUCAGAAUGGGAGACGGCCUGGAUGCAGCGCAGAUGUCGGGCAGCAACAGCAGUAGCAGCAGCGGCCAGGGGCAGGCCCAGCAAGGUGGCAACCCCCCACCCCCAGAGUACAUCAAUCCCAACAGGCAAAAGCGCCAGACCAAUCAGCUGCAGUACUUGCUCAAGGUGGUGGUGAAGGGCCUGUGGAAACACCAGUUUGCCUGGCCCUUUCUUAUACCAGUGGAUGCGAUCAAACUUAACCUGCCUGACUACUACACAAUAAUCAAAAUUCCUAUGGACAUGGGAACAAUCAAGAGAAGGCUUGAGAACAGUUACUACUGGAAUGCCCAAGAAUGUAUCCAAGACUUCAACACGAUGUUUACCAACUGCUACAUAUACAACAAGCCCGGAGAUGACAUAGUCUUAAUGGCUGAGUCUCUGGAGAAGGCUUUCCUCCAAAGGGUCACAGAAAUGCCUCAGGAAGAAACUGAGAUUGUUGUCAUGACAGGGAAGGGACGUGGCAGGGGCCGAAGAGAAGGAGGUCUGAACUUGAAACCAGGGGGCAUCAUUGAUUCUUCGUCCACGAUCCCUCUAACACGUGGUGUGUCGAACCUCUCGGCAGCACCACAGAUCAGGGGACCGGUGCAGGGCCCGCCUUCACUACCUCCCCAGCCUUUGAUGCAGGCCCUGCCGUCCCACAUGCCCCCCACGUUACCCAGCCAUGCGCCACAGCUCGGGGCCCCCUACUCGAUGAGCCACUCAGACUGCGCUCCUCAAGUUCCCAUCAUGACUUCUGUGCCUCCCCCUGCUCAGACCGCGCUCCCCCCAGCAUCCAUCCAGAACGUUGCACCCAUGCUGCAGAACCCCAUUACCAUGACCAAAAUACGAAAGAGCCAGAAGAGGAAAGCUGACACCACCACUCCCACAGCAAAUGACCAACUGAGUGAGUCUUCACCAGCAGAGUCCAAAUCUGGGAAGACCCUACCCAGGCGAGAGAGUGCGCGGCCUCCUAAACUGUUGAAGAAGGAGGCUCCUGACUCCCAGCAUCACAUCGGCAUGGUGAUGGGACUGAGUGGACCAAGUGGCGGUCACAGCCCCAAACCACAGGAUCAGCUAGGAUACUGUGCAAGUGUGGUCAGGGACAUGCUGUCCAAGAAGCACGCUGCUUAUGCCUGGCCCUUCUACAAACCUGUGGAUGUGGCUGCGCUGGGACUACACGAUUAUCAUGACAUCAUCAAGUAUCCUAUGGACCUCAGCAGCAUCAAGUUGAAGCUGGAGAACAGGCAAUACCGAGAACCCCAGGAGUUUGCUGCUGACGUACGAUUAAUGUUUUCCAACUGCUACAAAUAUAAUCCUCCAGACCAUGAGGUGGUAGCCAUGGCCCGCAAACUGCAGGAUGUCUUUGAGAUGCGCUUUGCCAAGAUGCCAGAUGAACUUGAGACCAAGCCUCUGGUUACCCCCCCACCUCCUGUACUUCACCACCCUGCACCAGUUAAGCCCCAGCCUCCUCUGGCCCACGUGGCCUCGUCCUCAGACAGCUCCAGUGACUCGUCCUCCGAGUCCGAGUCUUCCACAGACGACUCUGAAGAGGAGAGAGUCCAGAGGUUAGCAGAGCUCCAGGAUCAGUUGAAGGCUGUCCACGAGCAGUUGGCUGCCUUGUCCCAACCACAAGCCAGCAAACCAAAGAGAAAAGAAAAAGAGAAGGAGAAGAAGGAAAAGGAAA